AUGAACUUCAAGAUAGCUUUGCUGUUUUUUGUUGCAGUGGCAUUUUACGCCAAGGCCGAGCUCGAGACGGAGUACCAUCCACAAGCCGUCCUACACUAUCUCGAGAUGGAAGAUAGGAAAAUGGCAGAGAAAGUUCGAAGCAUUGUCAAGCUAAAGGAAGACGGUCCCAAACCCAGCAGCUCACCAAAACUUCCAAGUGGCCUCCCUAACGGAAUUCCACCCAAAAUCGUGAGUAUCAGGGCAUAAAAAUGCUUUUUGUGGAUAAGAGUUUAUAGCCUUAGAACCAGAAAAAUCUGAAUAACAAACAAAAACAAAAACAUUGAGUAAAAUAUGGCAAAAAAUGACUGAUGCGAAAUAGUUUAGAGAAUUUUCCGUAUGUGUUACUGCCAUAUAUAUAUAGCUUUUAACUAUAGCGUUUUCCAUCUGAGGGCAUGAUUACCACCAUUACAUACAAUGCAAGCUGUUUAUGAUAGAUUGAAAUAAUUAGAUGAGACUUUGUCGGCAAAAUAAAAAAAAAAUGAUACGAUCUUGAAUCGGGUAGAUUCUUAGUUUUUUGUUCAGUCUAUUUUGUAGGUUUCAAAAAUUAUAGCUACACAAAACUCUUUUGCAUUCACCGCAGAAUCACAGUGUAGAGUUCUGACCUGUAGCUUGACGAUUUCACUCUCAGACUUACUUGAGAAGAAACCAAAGCUAAGAAUAGAUUAUAGUUUACUUUUUAAGGAGAAUAAGGAGGAGGAGCCUUGGUGGCGAAGUUUAGGCAGCCAAGGUCUUAUUCACUUAUUCAUUUAUUUAUUCCCUUAUUUGCCUAUUUUUCGUUCCAGUCGCUGGGGAAUUUGCUUUCGCAUUUUUUGCUGGCGAAAAAAGAAACACAAAUGAUUUAAUGAAUUCAGCCAUUUAUUUAAUAAAACACAUAAAGCUGGAAAACCGUGGAAACACACAGGAAAAAACUCAUUGCAGUACGGCAAACAUAAAGGUGCAAGCGGCACUGCGCAUGCACCCCACCAGGAGAAAAAUAAAACGGUCAGGAGGAGCGAGCGCACAGGUCUUGCACCUCGGUUUUUAGACUUGAGAAUUUUCAUCUUAAAUUCAAAAAUUCUCAAGUUUUUGUUUGUUUGUCUUUUUUUAGAAACUUUGCAUCGUUGGAGCAGUGAUAUGCCAUAAAAGAGCAAAUGAGGACGCUUGUGCACAUCUAGCGUGCAUCAAGAAAACGGGAGAAUGCCUGAAAAAAGCGGGCGUAAAAGUUUGCCAAAUGCCUCCAGCUAUAGUAAGUGUUGAUAAAACGUUUGCGAAUAGACCUAACUGUAUGCAAGACGUUUAAAAAAUCUCAGGCAGUAGGGCGGAUUGGUUGUUACAGUGACAGCCAAAGCUCUGUGGGAUGAGCGAACACUCAGUCUCGUGAAUUGUCUACUCGCAGCCACCGUGUAAAUUAGACGUACAAGCGACUUUUUUUAAUUCUAAGCUUACUGUUUCCCGUGGUUGCAGUAGUCUAGCAUUUUGGUAUUUCUGUACUCCAAACUAUCUCUACUACAUAACAGCUGAGCCCGUAAGACAUGGUUUAGCAAAGUCUUAAGCCGGAAAAGGAAAGGAUCGUGACUUAUUACCAAACACGCCAUGGAUCGGCGUGGAGCUCUCAAAAGUCAUACGGAGAAGUUGGGAGUUAUCUUCCAGCUUUCUUUUUUCUAUUCUCUUUGUUUGAAGGCGUCCGAGGCUAGUCAGAAGACGAGGAAGUUCGCAAACCAGUAUAGCUUGCAUUACCUAAGUUUAAUCUCACCCUGUUGACAAUUAUGCUAUCCAUUUGUGUUUUGUCCUAUUCAAGAAAAAAUGUCUACCAGUCAUCCCGUGCUGCAUGCUGGGAAGCAAGACCUGCGAGGAGAAGCUGUGCUGUUUUGUGAGGUUCCAUGAAUGCACCAAAAGACUUGGCGACGAAAAAGACAAAAAGUAAUUCACUCGACAAGACCCCAGGAAAUGAUUAUCUCUCGAAACACGAAAUCGGAAAAUGAAGGGGAAAUAUGCCUGUACAAAUGUAGUUUUAUAUCGAUAUCAGUUGUCAUAAGUGAAAAAGUGUAACAAUAAAAGAGCCUGAUUGUGAUAAAACUGAGGUCUAUAAUCUUGGUUUUAGUUUGGUUUUUGCCGAUUUCCCUAUUAAAGCAAAGUAUACCUUUCCACAGUCGAGGAUAAUUUCCAAUGUUCUCGUUGUAGAAAAACCGUAUUAGACUUCUCGAACUAAUUAUAACUCCACAUGUUAUGGCUCUUCGAGUUCAUUUUCCGAAACAAACUAUAUUUUUGCAUAGUCACAUCUUACUAGCCUGCGCGCAGACGAAAUUAAACUCUGGUUAACUCCGUCUGCGAAACAGCGCCGAAAUCCUUGUUCUGGACUUCCAGCUGUGUACCCAGAUUUGAGUACGCGCCACGAUUGGCCAGUUAAAAAAGGCCUUCGUUUUGUUUGUCGUGAUCGCCAAUCAGGUUGAAGGGGAAUUCGAAACGCACUUCCGGUAAUUCGUUGAGUCCGUUGGGGGUCCAGAACAAGGAUCUCUGCGCUGCUUCGCAGACGGUACUAAUCAGAGUUUAGUUAUCGUCUGCACGCAGGCUACAUCUUACUUGUGUCGCCGGGAAGAAGUGACUGAGCUUAAAAAUGAUCCUUUUUUCACUCGGCAUGAGCCAAACUUGAUGAAUCAAGGACAAACUGUUGCUAGGUGUAACACAUUUUUGGCAGCGAUCGCCACAAAACUGGAAGUGCCCUCGCACUAAGAGAAACCAAACUGACGUGGAGGUCAGAAUCCCCUUUUCUGGUAGGACGAAUUAUUCAUAAAAGACAAGGAAAAUUAUGCUUUAACCUGAGAAAUGUUUAGAUUUUAGUUACAUUAUAUACGAUGAUAUAUUACCAAAUUUGAAAUCUCUCAAUCGUUUUUUCAAAUCCAGUAGAAUGGCCUCAUAUCCACUGAUAUAUAAUUCCUGCUGCUCAUCUUCGAGCCAUAUCAUCAAACGCAGAGAAUUGACCACAAUAAUAUUAAUGUAAAGUAAUUCACGCCCAAAAAAAUUGGAUUACUCUGCAAAUCACAAUGAGCUACAUAUGGAACUCUUAGCCAUCCCAGUUACAAUCGCAUAUAUCAAGUAAUAAAUCGCUAACUAUGUUGAAAAUUUGUCCUCUAAGUUAAGCGAAAACCUCACAACAAACCAGUUCUUAAUAGCAUUUUUAGGGGUCAGGGGUAGGCUGGUGCACUGGCAGACCCGUAAUCAACGAAGCACGUUGAAAAAGUCUAUGGCCAUUUGCAAAGCGUUCACAACGGCUAGGCGGCCUUAAUUUACUUGUUCUUUUUUUGUUUGUUCAUUUAUUCAUGUCAAAUCUGACAUAAGUUUAACAUCCGGUUUCUUCCCGUCUAAUCCAAAGCCCGGUUCCUCAUUUUACCCAAGGUCAAGCCAGAUUUUCAGUUUCUUAGAAAGUAAGUAAGUACUUAUAUAUAGAGUUAGCCAGGGUUGAAAUCGAAGUUCUCGAUAAUAUUUAUAGUUUGUUAAAAAAAAAAUAUAAAAUCGAGUAAUGCUAAGCGCGGCGAAGGCAACGCCGGAGUACGGUGAAAAACAACAACAGGUCUUAUUAGCAAAAAAGCAACUUCGCACGUGCAGCACACUUUUUUUGUACAUUUCUUUGCCAUUGUUUUGCACGACUGCAACGUGAAACUUCCAGAAACUUCUUAGUUAUACGUUUUAUGAAGGAAAUGUCGUCCGUGUACGCGUUCACUUUUUUUUCACUGCACUCAUUUUCACCUUGCAUGUAUUGGUGGCCGCUAGAAUUUCUCAUUUUGUCACCGCCGCUACGAAAUUUUUUAUGCUGUUCCUCCAACAAAAAAAAUGUCUCCUUUGUUUUUUAUCUCUCGCUCUAGAUUUUUGUUGCCCUUUUUCUAUUUGAGCUUCGCUGGCCUGCCGCCUACUUUCUCUUUUUCUUUGUCUUUCUCUUGCUCUAUAUUCCAAAUUUGGGGACAUGACAAUUAGUCUAAGCUUAAUACUUUGGACAACACGGAUACAGAAACAAUUUCCGCUUUUCGUUUUUCAUCGACUCUUUAGUUGUCUCUGCUUUACAAGACGCCGGUCGCUAUGCGAUUUCCCGCCAAAAUAGCCUCGAGUUGCAUUUGGGUUGCCAUACCUGUUGAUUGAGUUAUUUUACAUUGGUUUGCCUUUGGUGCGGACGGAUGGGUGGGCACGCGUGCCGAUGGUCACGUGAUUACCAAAUUUUAUCGGAUGGGUAGAUUACUUCAUUUUCUUACACAUGGUGCUACGCUGCCCACGCUUCGCUCGCGAGAGCCCCGCUACGGAACACAGAACUGGAGUUUGCAGAAUACUGCACAGUUUUUAAUCCGAGUUCCAGAUGGCAAAAUAGAAAGCAAAUGCAAUUUUCGAUUAAAAAAUUUGAUUCUCGAAAGCAGACUUUCGCUGCCCAGCCUCGUGCCCACGGUCUUUUUUGAAAACCGGGAGAACAUGUUAUGGAUACAUGAAGCAGUUUAGAAGAACGCAAUUCACCGCUGACAGGAAAGUCUGUACCUGCCUCCACCACUCAUCCCGCUCCGCUACUGCUGAUUUUACUUUUGGAGGUUUGUCUUACGACGCUUUAAGAGGUCCUUUAACUGUUUUAUGCACUUCGUUGGUAAGAUUAGCUUUAUACGAAUAACCCAGUCUCGUUUUCGGUAAUUCGUAGACAAAUUCACCCGUUUAAUAUUUGAUAUACGAUUCAGUCACACCCUUCUUUACGGACACCCGCUUAUUAUAAAUAUGGACACCUCAUUAUUACGGACAGCUUGCUUUCUCCCGGGAAAAGAAAGCACUUACAUUUUCUAUUAAAUUAAACCCGCUUAAUAUGGACAGCCCGUAAAUACGGACAAUUGCUACGGCCCUCUUAUUGUGCGUUUUAGCGGGGUUGACUGUAGUGAGGCUCUGCCGGAAGGAUCCCAUGUCGCCAUGUCCCAUGUCGGAAUUUGAAAACGUCUCGUGUCGAUGUUUAUAAAUGCUUGUCGCUUAUUGUUGGCUUUGCCGUCACUGUUGCAAUUUGGCUGAGGGAGGUUGUCUCUUGUCGCGAUUUCAUUUUGCGCGCUGACAUCGCUACUUUUUGGGCCAUGUCGCUUGUCAGAAUUUACCCUGGCAGGGCCUCUGUAGUAUUUAACAAUUAUUGAAUGAGGCUGAGUAUCGUCUAAAGAAUAAUGGCCUCGGCGGAUAACACCCCCUGAGAUCUACAUAAUUCUUCAGAUGAUACGAAAGCCGAAUUGAACAAUUGUCUUAUUAUUUGUUCAAAAGAAUUCCUCAUAUAAAAACAAGCUAAAACAUGCUUACCUCCAUCGAUGUUAAGUUCAUUUUCGAUAAUGCAUGUUUAUCGGCAAGUUUAAGAGAUAAAGGCAGGGGCAGAUCCAGGAAUUUUUGAUCGGGAGGGUCCAAAACUUUGGUUCUGAAAGGACUGUUGAACUUUUUUUGUGACAAAUUAGUUCUCACAGAGACGACCACGUGUUCCUAAAUCUCUGAACACCGGUCGAGGUUGGUGUGGGAAAUACUACUUUGCGAGCAGAGGUGAAGAGAUCAUAGGCAGGUGCCCAAAAACAAUUACAUUUUUUAGCCAAAUGGGCUAUUGACUCAGAGGCCAUGAGGGCGAGAGGAAUAAAUGUUUUAGUAAAAUCCAACUAGUUGGUCAAAACUAACUUUAUCUAGCAAAACGCUAUUCAGCCGCCAUUGUUUUGGUUUUCAAAGCCGGUACUUUUCGCUACUAGUGGGCUAUAACAUAUAGCCUGGUAGUAGCUCAACCAAUCAAAAUGAAGCAUUGAUAAUAGACCACUAGUUGCAUGGAUUUUACUAAAAUGAAUUAUGCGUAGGAUUUCAGCCAAUCAAAAAUGGGGAAAUAUUUUGAAUGAAUAGUAGUGUCACAAUAUACAACUCACCUUGGCUUAACUGGCCAUUUUCACACCACAGAUGGUUAAUCCAUCUGGUAACCAUACUUUUUCUGUCUUAGUGUGAAUUCUAGACAGAUAACCAUUUUAAGUUUGCAUUGUCAUGGAUUCAUAUUAGAAGGAUAAACCAUGCCUUCAAAGCUCUCACACAGUUAAUUCAAUCUGUUAAAAAGGUAGCCAUUGCUUAUUUGAUGUCAAGAAAACUUGAAAGCUCUAAUUUACUACGUUGUUGAAAAGCUUUUAAAGUUAGCACUACUUCUGAACCAACUCUUGAGGGGGCUAUAAAUCAUGUAGUGUGCUGCUUGGACAAGCCUUUAGACAGAUUAUUCGUAUGAGUAGUAUAAUUUGUCUUCAAAAUCCAAAAAGACGGAUAAACAGAUGGAUAAUAUCAGAUGAAUUAUCCGCCCAAAACAUAGUCCAGUUUUACCAUCAAGACAGAUUAUCUGUCUAAGAGUGUUGAUUGACCAGAUUCCAGAAUAAGAAUAAGGGGAAUUCAUGAACUCUAAAAAUCACCCAUUUUGGCAAUAGAGAGGAGAUGUGAUGUCAUGUUACCAUGGUAGCAAAAUUUCUGGAUCAGAGUAAUAGGAAGCUUAAGCAACAACAACAGUGACGGCAUAGAGAGUGGCAAAAAAGCAAUAGGUUUAGUUAACAAAACAACUAUGCAUUACAUUUCUUAGCCAUCGUUGCAUGACUGUGACAUGAAACGUCCUCAUUCUAUGCGCCUGCUUCAUGGUGUACGUGAACACGACACAAGAAUUUUCUUUUUUUUUUUUAAACUUAGAUAUGGUCCUCUCAGAUUCAACGCCAGAAAAUUUCACCAACAUUUGACUCAACAUGAAAUUGAAUAAGAUCAAUGAAGUUUGAAACAAUGUGAAUUCACUUUUUAAGUAAUGUUUUCCGUUUGUUGUCAUCCAGAACUUUUGCUACCAUGGCAACAAGACAUAACAGCUUCUCCUCUCAAAAGCUAAAAAUCUUUAUGAAAUGAAGUAUUCCGAUGUAUGUACAUGUAAUUUUUAAGGGGCCUAAAAAUCAUUACAGUACAAGAAAUUUGCAACAAAGCUUUUCCAUAUACAUAUAAAUAUUUUUUUCUGGAAUAUGCUUUUGAAAUCAAAAGCACCCAAAGAGGGAUAAUCCAUCUCUAGUGUGAAAAAGGCCAAUGCUACUAAAUAAAUUAAAUAAUUUAACAAAUAUCAUUUUAUUAAUUAUACAACAGAAAAUGACAUCCUUUGAGAAAAACACCAAAAAAACUGUGAAGCUAAAUGUUGGAGGUGUCUAUUUCAAGACUUCUCUAUUAACCCUGACAAAGGACCCAGAUUCAAUGUUGGCAGCCAUGUUUUCUGGUCGAUUUGAAGAGAAUCUAGAUGAAGAUGGCUCAUUCUUCAUUGACCGGGAUGGAGAUCUCUUCAGGUAAACUGGAUGGUUCGGUUUUAACUUGAAUAAUUUGAUUCCAAUAUUGAGUGUGCGUGUCCAAGGGGCAAGGGGGGGUUACUCCUGGGAAUUAUUGGUGUGUGUGUCCUGCCUGGUUGUCUGAAUUCUGACGCUAUUUCAGACCAAUGUCAUUAUUCAAACCCAUUUUCAGACCUGGCCUCUAAGAAACACUGUGAUCAUUACUUAGAUUACAACAGCAAAAAAAAAAAAAAAAGAUUCUUAAAAUCCCUUUCAAAUUUGCAUAUUAGUCAUUUGGAACUGCAGUGGUAAAUAUAUUCAUAUCCCAUGGUUCCCUUAAAAACCAUACCGGAUUCCAGACCAAACUAGGCAAAGUCUAAACCCGUUAAGACCGAAAUGCUGUAAAGACCCCACCCUUUGGGGUGGCACAUAGCUAUAUGGCUUAUAUAGGGGAGUCCCCCCCUCCUGGGGGGGGGGUGUACUUGAACCUCAGGUGUGAGAGAUUGUAACCCAUAUUUGAGUUGAUUAUGUCCUGCUCAGCCUAAAUCAUUAGACCUUAUUCAAUAAUAGAUGAAUAAACAGUUCAAUCAAUCAAUCAAUCAAUCAAUCAAAAUUCGAUUCCCGUGACUUGGAGGUGAAGGGAUUAAAGAUUUAGAUUUAGAUUAGAUUUGAUUGAUAUUUUUGGGAAUGCACAAACAACAUAAAGUCUUGCUCUAGGGCGAUACAAAUCUGUUUGUCAAUUUUUUUAGUGACGUUUUUGCCCCAUUAAAAAAAUAAUCACUCAAUCAAUCAAUCAAUUAAUAAUGCAACUCCCUGUGUCCUCAACUACCGGACGUAUAACAGUGAAACACCUUAAAUCUCUUACAUUUAAGAUGAUCCAGUCUUUCCUAGUGCUUUAAUCUAACAUUUUGAUUCGGAUCCUAUUGCUUUGUUUUGUCAAGUUGUUACUUUUUAUAACAAGGCAUUAAAAGUAACCAAAUUGAUUUUUCAGCUUGUCCUCAGUUUAAUGAAUAGGAAAUACCUAUGUUUCAGAGGCUGUAACUUGCCUUUUUUGCUAUUGGGUACAUGUAUAUUGCUUUACCAGUUUACUGUGCCAUCCUAAAAGUGCAGCACCACUCUUGUUUCUGGUAAAAACGGUGCACGUGGUGCGCGUUUACUUUUGAAUUCUAUUAAAUAUUUUAUGGCUCUCAGAGUUUAAAGGGAGGAAAAGGUAACAACAUGAAAACCACUAGUGGCCCUUUUUCAGAAAGAAUACAACACUCAAAAGUCUUUAGAAGUAGAUAUUUCUCAAACAGUGACCAUAAACCUUGGACUUGCUCAAAAGACUAUCUCAUAGCAGAUUUAUCGGAUCAUGUGUUUACGGGGGGGUGUCGAUUGAUGUAUCGGCCGAUAUCUUGGUCGACUGUUGAUUGACAUAUCGGCCGCUAUGUCUGUCGAGAUUCGGUCGAGUAUCGCCCCAUUUGUCGAUCGUGAGUCGGUCGAUAUAUCUGCCGAGUGGUGUUUCCUGUCGGUCGUGAUAGCAUAGGUAGUGUGUCGACAAUGUAUCGGUGAAUUGUGGGUCGAGUAUCGGUAAGGUAUCGGUGGUAUAUCGGUAUUGAGAAAAUGACCCAACACUCAUCCUCCCUAUUAGGGUAUGAGGCCGCGGGCCAAAACUGAUUUAGUCUCUUUUGACCUCUGAAUUUACAAUCGUGAAAUGAUUAAUAUCUCCGUCUGCGCCUUAGUUUUGACAUAUUCUCCUCUUUAUGUCUGGUAACAGGUACAUACUCAACUACCUCCGCAAUGGUGAGCUGUUGUGCAGUGAAGAGACUUUGAAUAGGAUAAAACGCCAACUUUUUGCCGAGGCACAGUUCUUUAAUUUGGAGGGACUGAUUGACAAACUGUCCCCUGUGCCAAAAAUAUUCACAGAAUCCUCGAUAAUAACCAGCCGUGACGAAGAGAAUACCCUGCUAUCCUGGAUUACAGAUUUUCCAGGCGAUACCCGAUGGCAUCUUUUGUACAAAGCAACCAGGGAUGGCUGGAACGCAGAGAAUUUUCAUGAGAAGUGCGAUGGAAAGUGUCCAACUCUUGUUGUCAUCAAGAGUGACGACAAUGUCUUCGGAGGUUACGCAGAGAAGCCAUGGUUCACAC